ACGAGAAUACUAAUUACUCACAUGAGUAGUCUCACAGAGAAGGAGACGAAGCUGAAGGAGUUGGACAAGAGCGAUGCAGCCGGUGGGCCAGAUACGAAUUACCGGCUGAAAACAAGAUGGCACAAAGAAGGACUCGACACUACAAGGAGAGAACUGGAAAGUGAUAUCGAAGAGGAGCUACUUAAAUAUACUACCCUCCUUGAAAAGUUCGCCUUCGUCAAGUCCUUGAGCCCCACACCAACAAGAGACCACAACAGCGUGUUCAAAUGGAUUUGGUCCAACAACCCUGUAGAUCCAGGCGAAGAUGAUUGGAUAUUUCAUGCCGACGACUUCGCCUCUAUCGUCACUCCUCGGCGAAACCGUUUUGAGAGUUUCAUUCUCAGUCACCUUGACGGAUGGCCGAAUUCCUGGUUCAAGAAAAUGCUCCAAACCAGCAAACAGCUCUCCCAAACCAAGGAUACAGCCGUGAAGUACUACUGCAAAGCCCGCAUCAAUAUUCUCGCACGACUCAUCGCUGUAUUCCUUGCAGUAAUCAUCCUCUUCAUUCCUGUCAUUCUCUUUUUCUUAACGCCGAUGAGCAGGGUAUGGAUGGCGGUUGUUGUUCUGGCGUUUGUUUUCAUCUUCUCGGUUAUGAUUUCAUGUGUUACAGAUGCGGGGGAUAAGGAGAUCUUCAUUGGAACUGCAACGUAUUGUGCUGUUUUGGUCACUUUCUUGGGGAACCUGCAGGGCCCGACGAAGUGAUGUUUGUUCGGAUUCUUAUGAAUUGUUCGGCAAGCUCAUUCAG